AUGCCUCCCCUUGAUCAAGAGCUGGCCCUUCCGUCGUCUUUGUUGCGUCAAGCAAGCUCUGACCCCGAUCUAGAGGCACAGAUCCACCCAACGAACAACUCUGUUGAACUUGCCAUGUUAGGUCAUUCAAAAGAUGGUCAAGUGAGCUCAAGGAUUCGUUCGGUUUGUUCUGAUGCUGUAUCCUCCCAUGCUACUUGCAUCGAGAUACGUACAGCACCUAGGACUGAAGACGGAAUGGCGAAAAACGGCAACACACUUGUAAUAUCGGAAGAGUAUCUGUCCGUGCGCGACAUACAAGUAGAGGAUAGGCACCAAUCCUGGAACCAGAAAGAUUCAAAUGAAGAUGUUGCUGUUACCGAAGUUCAUAGCGACUCAAAGCGUGAAUUUAAUGCAGAGCAUGUGAAUGAAAGGGGGCCUCCGGUACAGUUGGCGCAAGGCCCCAAAACCUUUCUCAAGGAAGGAGCGCAGGAAGUAUGGUCAGAAUGUGCCAAGCAAGUGUGGGAACACCAGAGAGAGAUGAUUGACAGGUGGAAGGAUGAAUUAAAUAUCAUGCUCAUCUUCGCCGGUCUAUUUUCGGCUAUUCUGACCGCCUUUGUGAUUGAAUACUAUCCGACUCUGCAACCACCGACCUCCGACACGACCACGCAACUUCUUGCGAUGAUGGCUAUGCAGCUGAACCUCCUCACAGGUUCUGGUCAUGAUAGCCCCCUCGAAUCUGUGUCCUCUUUAAUUAGCUCCUCCUCAGCGACGAAAGUCUCAUCUCAAAUUGUUGCUAUCAAUGGUCUAUGGUUCGCUGCACUUGUGUUCAGUCUCGGCGCCGCAUCCCUGGCCAUAUCUGUCAAUCAAUGGCUUAAUCAUCACCGAACGCGGCCGCUGACCAUGUCUCGGGAGAGCGUUGAGAUUUGGUACUUGCGCCACCAGAGUCUUGACCGAUGGAAGGUUCCUCUCAUCAUCAAUCUCCUUCCGGUGCUUCUGCAGGCCUCUAUGGCUCUAUUCCUCAUUGGCUUGGUUGUAUUUUUGGGGCCUAUGAGCACCAGUGUAUCUGCGAUAGCGUGUGGCCUAGUUUCCCUGUUUUUAUUGGUCACUAUCGGUACUGCAAUUAUUCCCGCUAUCGUAUCUGAUUGCGCCUACAAGUCUCCACAAGCAUGGUGGUCGCUUAAGCUGCUGUGCGGCCCUCAGCGAUUGGUUUGUUCGGUUGUCCUGAAGUUACUCUAUCAUUACUCACGAUUAACUCUUGUUCUGAGUGCUAGAUGGUGGAAAGUAUCUCUUGAGCAGCGGAAGGCUGCCUUCCGGACGUGGAAGUUGUCCAUCCGGCAAUGGAAGACAUCCCUUAGGCGGCUAAGAUCUUCCAUUGAGCUACGGAACAUUGUCCUUCAAGCCCUUCUAGAUGGUACCGUGUGGCGGUGGGCGGACAUUCUCAGACAGUGGGAGAUCGCUCUUCAGCAACUAUGGCACUCAGAAGACUGGAGAGCAUGCGAAUUGGACUCUUUGGAUUCAAUCAGGUGGAAUGCGAACUCUUCAGCACCAUUCCUGGGCGAGAUGCUGGCAGAGGCAUACACAACGGUCUCGGAUAGCGCAUUCAUUGUCCCAGUAUCCCUCCUUUGUCUUGAUACCACUAACUAUAAGACCGUUCUCCAUUCCUUAUCUACCAUAUCAAUGCGUGGGCGGCUGAAAGAUCCUAUAGGUCGGGUAUGGGGCCAAUACUAUGCGACACGGGCCAAUGAACAAGAAAAGUACUACAUUAUUGCAACGCUGGACAGUCUCAUCGACGUGCUCCCCAUGAUAUCCGACAACAGUCGCCGUGGUAUGGAAGAUCAGUGGCGGAUCCAAAAUAAUAUACGGGGACUGAUGCAAUCGAUGAACGAUUGGUCCACUUCCCGUCUCCGCCUCCGAAAGAUGUGGCAGGACAUCACAGUGAACAGUGGAAGUGGACCUAAGCCUGUUUUAUGGAAGUGUACAGUCAAGCUUAGUUACGAUUUCGAGAACGAGCUCGAUCUGGAGGACCUAGCAUUUUUCCUAUCAGCAGCUUUACAUCUAGGUAAAGGAGAUAUCGACAUGGACGAGUUAUUCUUGUUCUCCCGCUGGUGCCUAAACCUUGCCAGGGUUCGCAAAUGGUGUGGUUCGCAACCUAUACAUGACGAACUACAGUCACUCGUGAUGACUACCUCCAAUUUCUUGAAGGCUUCCAUCUUAGCACCACAAAGAUGGAGCACUAGGAAAUUGACAGCAUCAGAGACAGUAUACCUCUCGAACUUCAUGGUUGAGUGUACAAAGCAUGCUGAGGAAGAGUCUGGAGUAGUCACAGCCAGCAUGCUAGCAUUCUUGAUUGAAUUAGCCUGCAGCUGUGAACUGUACAAGUCUUGGGAAAGCACUAUGCAGAAGGAAGUGCGCAAGAUGCGAGAGCUUGUCUGCUUCCCGAAGGGCACCCUCGAUGAUAUAGACGAUUGGUUUUCCCGUCCAUCAGAUCAACAACCCGCUCGAAGGGAAGGAGUCCUUGCCAGGCUACGUGCACGCAUUCGUUCCGCUGAUCUUCCGUUUCACGAAAAGGAUGAAGCUUUGAGUCCUUGA